AUGCCUGUCCCGCGCUCGUACCGUCGGACACUUCUCCUCCUCGCACUCGCCGCCAGCCUCGCGGCGGGUUCCUCGCACCUCGCGGGUUCUGGAAAGGCCGCCCUCGUCGUCUCGGACGCAGACAUUCAAGCAUGCGAGCCUAUACAGCGCCUUGGCGCCCUGAAGGAGGAGCUUGAGUCGGCGCAGUCACCCAUCAUGCGCACCGUCUUCGCGUGGCUUUUCCCAUUCGGUCCCGGGUGGAACUCUGUCUUGGGAACGUUCUACAUCUCCUCAGUACCGAACUUCAUCCUCGCGUUCAUCCCUGCGCAAAUCAACCCGAGCACCCUCAACACCAUGACCGCCUUCGCGACGGGCGGUCUUCUUUCGGACGUCUUCCUCCACCUCGUCCCACACUCGUUUAUGGGCGAACACCAAGAUGACGGCGUCCAUUUCCUCAUGGUCGAGGAAAAGCGCAACAUUCUGAUCGGGCUGGGCAUCUUCGUCGGCUUUGCCUCGUUCUUUAUCAUGGAAAAAACGCUCCGGGUAUUGGGUGGGGAUGAGGAGGGCGCCGGCCAUUCACAUAGCCACUCGCACUCGCACGCGCAGCCGUCGGCCGAUAGCGCGAACGGUCACUCCACUGCAGUGUCCUCGUCAUCAGACGCCAGCGGUCUCAAGGCCCGUUCAAAGUCAGAUCAGCAUGAGGCGAGCCACGGUGCCGCCGGGGAUUCGCACGACGCUCCGAAGCAGACCUCAAAAUUGUCUGCGUACCUGAACCUGUUUGGCGACUUCGUACACAACAUAACUGAUGGACUCGCCAUGGCGGCGUCCUUCUAUUCCUCGCCGCUCAUCGGGGCAACGACGACCCUCGCGUGCUUCGCACACGAGAUCCCACACGAAAUCGCCGACUACUCGAUCCUUAUCCGGAGUGGAUUCACCAAGAAGCAGGCCAUGCAGUCGCAGUUCUUGACCGCCGUCGGAGCAUUCGUCGGAACCUUCAUGGGCAUCGGCAUUCGCAACCUGUCCGCGGCUGGGGAUGUGGAGGCUGAAGCGUCCAACUACGCCGCUGCGCUUCGGCAGACGGCUGCCGGUCUCUUGGGUACGACUGUGCAGCUGGCGGACCUUGUGAUCCCGUUCGUGGCGGGAGGGUUCAUGUAUAUCGGUGCUGUGGCCGUGUUGCCCACGCUGCUGGAGGACAGCAAGAGCGGCAAGCAAGCACUGCGGGAGUUUGCAGCGAUGUUCUUUGGUGUGGGGUGCAUGUUCUUGGUUGCGUAA